GGAAGAGAGGAUUUUGAUAAAAAAAUUAGGGGCAAAGUAUGAUUAAGCUCCAGAAAGUGAAGAAUUGAAUAAGGGUACUCAUCCCUUUUUGAAGAGAGAGGGGCCACCUUGGUAAUUACAUUAAAAGUAGUAACAUUUUGAUCACUUUGAAAUUUCAAAUCUCUUUCUCUCACUCAGUAGGAAUCAUGGCAGCCAAAGCAAAAGAGAGGGGUUGGGUUAAUACAAUAAAGAAUGGGAGAAAAGGAGAGAAGCACGUUAGCAACCCCAUCUUAGAGUCACAAACUGCUGCAAAAAGCUCUUCUUCAUCACUGUCAUCACAAAUGAAAAUUCUUUGCUCUCUUCCUCCAACUCUCUCAUACUUUCAGUUUUCUUUGUUCAUGCAAGAACCCAGGAACGAUUCAACCACAAGGAAGCCUUGGUAUCAGAGAGCAAUGCAAGUUUCUAGCAUAUGGAAAAUCAUUUCCAAAUCCUCACAAAUUCCCACACCAAACAAUUCAACUUUAUGGAAGAGGUCAAUGCCAAAAUCUCCACAAGUCCCAACAUCAAGUCCUCACAGCAAGAACAAGCUAAGAAAAUGCACCUCUCUAAAGGCCGCCACCUCCUUCACAAGGGUGUGUCUUUGUGCACCAAUGUAUUCCUACAAUGAAAUUUUAAAAGCAGAGGUUCCACCUAGAAGAAGCAAUAGCUACCCAAGAUCAUCAAAACCAUUGCAAACUGCACAAGAAAUUAGAACUCAUAGUGCUAGGCUCAGCACUGAGGGAAUUACAAGGAGAUCAGUAUUCAGGGGUAAAUCCUUGAAUGAUGAUGUUCUAAUGAGGAGGUUUGUGAUUGAGGAAGAGGCAAUGAUGCAGAGAAGGAGAAAUCAAAUGGAAGUUAUUAGGAGGAGGAGUGUAAUGAGGAGAAAGAAGCUUGGGCCUAGUCCUCUUAGGAGAAUGGUUAUGGCAGAAGAUAUUGGACAAUUUAAUUGAUUAGUGUUGAUCCAGUCCAAUUGGUGAAUUUUGAUUGCCUAUUUGGUAUCACACCUAUUCCUUUUUUUUCUUCUUGGCAUUGAUUUUCUUCACUGAAAAUUUUCACCUCCUGUGAGCAAGUUUCAACAACUGGGUUAUAUUCUAGUUACAACAUAUUAGAUUUUAUGACCCAAUUUUAUGUGGGUAUAAUUUAA